AUGCAGAUGCACAAGUGUAUAUUGGCGCCAACUCGCAAGCUGUCGUCGCCUCACCUUAAGCGCCUCACCUUAAGUCUUCAUUUCUGGGCGCCUCAGCUUCGAGUACCCUUCGAUCCUAUAACCGCAGCUUUCGUCCCCGGAGGCUUCGAAGAGCACACAAAGCAGUAUUUGCACAACUUGAGGGCUAUCAUCGAAUGGAGCGGCAGUGAGGUCGGAACGGCUGUGAAGUUUACGCACGUCAUCAUGACGAAGCGUGCUCAGUAA